AUGUCGAAACUUUAUCGAUAUGCAACAACUCAAGCAACAGCCAGGAGAAAUUCUCUUUUGACAGAUGUAUUUGCUGCUUAUCAGAGAUUGUGUUCUCGACCUCCAAAAGGAUUUGAAAAAUACUUUCCUAAUGGAAAAAAUGGGAAAAAAGCUAGUGAACCUAAAGAAGUUACGGGAGGAAAAAAAGAAUCAAAACCAGCUGCUGCCCCACACUCUUCAGGAGGAGGAGGUGGUGGAAAACGAGGUGGCAAGAAAGACGAUUCUCACUGGUGGUCCAGGUUCCAGAAGGGUGACAUUCCAUGGGACGACAAGGAUUUCAGGAUGUACUUUCUCUGGACUGCCCUGUUUUGGGGAGGAAUCAUGUUUUACUUCCUGUUCAAGAGCUCUGGGAGAGAAAUUACUUGGAAGGACUUUGUCAAUAACUAUCUUUCUAAAGGAGUAUGUCGCCCCUCCAGGUCAUUUCUGCUGAGCAUGUUGCCCACAGUGCUCAUCAUCGCCUUUCUGCUGUACACCGUGAGGAGAGGGCCUGCUGGCAUUGGGCGAUCCGGCCGAGGGAUGGGUGGACUCUUCAGCGUCGGAGAAACCACUGCCAAGGUCUUAAAGGAUGAGAUAGAUGUGAAGUUCAAAGAUGUGGCUGGCUGUGAGGAGGCCAAGCUGGAGAUCAUGGAAUUUGUGAAUUUCUUGAAAAACCCAAAGCAGUAUCAAGACCUAGGAGCAAAAAUCCCAAAGGGUGCCAUUCUCACCGGUCCUCCGGGCACUGGGAAGACACUGCUAGCUAAGGCCACAGCCGGAGAAGCCAACGUUCCCUUCAUCACUGUCAGCGGAUCCGAGUUUUUGGAGAUGUUUGUUGGUGUGGGUCCAGCUAGAGUCCGAGACUUAUUUGCCCUCGCUCGGAAGAAUGCCCCUUGCAUCCUCUUCAUCGAUGAGAUAGACGCGGUGGGGAGGAAGAGGGGAAGAGGCAACUUUGGAGGGCAGAGCGAGCAGGAGAAUACCCUUAACCAGCUGCUCGUGGAGAUGGAUGGUUUUAACACGACGACGAACGUCGUCAUUUUGGCGGGCACCAACAGACCGGAUAUCCUGGACCCCGCGCUGCUGAGGCCGGGGCGCUUCGACAGGCAGAUCUUCAUCGGACCACCAGACAUAAAAGGAAGAGCCUCUAUUUUCAAAGUUCACCUCCGACCACUGAAACUGGACAGUAGCCUGGAGAAGGAGAAAUUGGCAAGAAAACUGGCAUCCUUAACUCCAGGGUUUUCAGGAGCUGAUGUUGCUAAUGUCUGCAAUGAAGCUGCUUUGAUUGCUGCGAGGCACCUGUCAGAUUCCAUAAAUCAGAAACACUUUGAACAAGCGAUCGAACGCGUGAUUGGUGGCUUAGAGAAGAAAACUCAGGUUCUGCAGCCCGAGGAGAAGAAGACUGUGGCGUACCAUGAAGCAGGUCACGCAGUUGCCGGCUGGUAUCUGGAGCAUGCAGACCCACUCUUAAAGGUAUCCAUCAUCCCACGUGGCAAAGGAUUAGGUUAUGCUCAGUAUUUACCGAAAGAGCAGUACCUGUAUACCAAAGAGCAGCUCUUGGACAGGAUGUGCAUGACUUUAGGUGGUCGAGUCUCGGAAGAAAUCUUCUUUGGAAGAAUUACAACUGGUGCUCAGGACGACUUGAGAAAAGUAACUCAGAGUGCGUAUGCCCAGAUUGUUCAGUUUGGCAUGAAUGAAAAGGUUGGGCAAAUCUCCUUUGACCUCCCACGCCAGGGAGACAUGGUACUGGAGAAACCUUACAGUGAAGCCACCGCAAGACUAAUAGAUGACGAAGUGCGGAUACUUAUUAAUGAUGCUUAUAAAAGAACAGUAGCUCUGCUCACAGAAAAGAAAGCUGACGUGGAGAAGGUUGCUCUUCUAUUAUUAGAAAAAGAAGUAUUAGAUAAGAAUGAUAUGGUUGAACUUUUGGGCCCCAGACCAUUUGCAGAAAAAUCUACUUACGAAGAAUUUGUGGAAGGUACGGGCAGCUUGGACGAGGACACCUCGCUUCCCGAAGGCCUUAAGGACUGGAACAAGGAGCGGGAAAAGGAGAAAGAGGAGCCCCCAGGGGAGAAAGUCGCCAACUAGAUCCCAGGAGGAGGCUGUUGAAGUCUAUCCUCUGUGGGUUCAGUUGGCACAGAUUUCCUGGCUUUCGGAAGAGUGAGAGCUCUGCUAAGUUGAUUUUAGCCAACUACUGACCCAGCUGAAGUGAUGGGGAGAGGAGUCCUUCACCCUCAGCCUCAGAAGUCACAGAGGGAUGAGCGGGGACUUUGAGGGAGACUCGCACUGUCCCACAGCCUUGCCGGGCUCCCAGAUGGCAGCUGGAACAGUCGAGCCCAGCGCCGCCGAGGCUGGUCCCUGUGGCACCGUCCUGAAGCCUGGCCGGACGGGUGCCGGGAGAGUCCAGGGAGAGCGGGUGCUCGACGGCGUGGGGGGAGGUAUUAUUCUCUCUCCGUCACCCAGUGCUUAUCACCGUUUCUCUUCAGUUUCCCUCUGCAAAUGGGCUGUGAAAUUAAAUUGGAGUCUUGGAGUCUUGAUAAGAAUAUUUUAAUUUGACUUAAUAUUUUAAAAUUGGAAUCAGAUCACUUGUUGCUGUCUUAAUGGAAUGGUUUUCUACAGAGAGCUGUAACAUAUUUAAAAAUAUGAAUGUAUUGUGUAAAUAUGGCUUCUUUACAUCAAAAAUAAAAUGU